AUGACCCGGGUAUUAUUAUUACCCUACACAAACAAAUGGCCAACCGGUACCUACGGUUUACCGCGAACGAACACAGGCUGCCCUAUAGCUGCAGGCGCUAGGUGGCGUACGGGUUUCCGGUACCAUGACACCGAGGAUAACGACUCCAACAACAAGUGGAUCCCAGGCAUUCAUUUUGAUGGCAACUUGUGCAAAAACAACAUGAAACAAAAAUUCUGCAUGAAGACCAAGAAUGAGGAAGGCGACGGAGAUUGGCCAAGUGGUAACUACUGUAUCUUCAAAAAGGGCAACUGUCCGGGAGGUUUCCAGUCUGGCUGGCUGUUUUGGGACGACGAAGAUGACGACAAUAAAAACAGCGUUGGAGGAGAGCUUCCUGACGGGAAUUACGACAGAGACACGAUGAUCCGGUACUGUUGCCGUAGCGACGGGAAUGUGGACACGCCCAUCGUUCUGCCCAACCGCAAACCCUUCUAUCUCUUCCGCUUCAAGGGUGGAUGCCAACAGGUUAAACACAUGUCUGUCCGUGAGGAGUGGUUCCGAUGGGACGAUGAAGACGACGACAACAAAGAUGACAGACGUGGCGCCCACCCGUACGACGAUGGCGGAUCCAAGAAUCACCGCCUUCAUUACUGCUACUACGUUUACAACAAUUAGC